AUGUUGAGCGGAAUCACGAGUUGCUCUCGCGGCUGGUCAUUCCGGAGGCUGGUCAUUCCGGACCAGCACAAGGCGAUCCUGCGUACGCUAGUAGCAUCGUACAAUGCGGGUGCAGCCUUCGGCUUUGGUGACUUUGUAAAUGGGAAAGGUCUCGGGCUUAUGGUUCAUUCGUUCUGUAGCCCCGGUAUAGUGGAAGUCGAAUGGCUAGAUGGUGCAUCAGGUCACACGAUCGUGGAGUUGCUGGCGCGCUACGAGGAGACAGAGAAGCUAUUUGGUGGGAGCAAUGAUGCACGUAUGCUCGCGCUGCGCGAGCAACACAAAGAUGACCUAGAAAAGGUCGUGCAGCUCGUUCAUUCAUCAUUCUCCGAGAACAAGCCAAAAAGACUCGUAGCCAUGGCCUGGAAGCGAUCAAGUCACAUAUCCUGGCUGCACGUACAGUUGCUAACGUUAUUCGAACAUCUCUGGGCCCCCGAGAUGAGUGCGGUUUCAAUAGCUGGUACUUGCAUACCGAAUGUGUUCGUGCGUGGCCUCGACAAAAUGGGCAUUUCCCCCGAUGGCGAUAUCACAGUGACCAACGAUGGCGCAACAACAUCGACUUUUGGUGCGCUGUCGAAGAGUCAGGAUGAUGAAAUCAGGGAUGGCACGACCGGUGUAGUCGAUGCCGCUCACCAUCACAGACGCGAAAUCGCCAUCCUCAAAUGCCCGUUUGAGCCGCCACGAUCAAAGACGAAACACAAGCUCGGCAUCACCUUUGUCGAGCAGUACCUGCGUAUACGAGAGUACGAGCAGAGCCAGUUCCACGACAUGAUCAAGCUCAUCAAGGACACCGGCGCGAAUUUGGUGAUUUGUCAAUGGGGCUUUGAUGACGAGAUCAUUGCUAUUGCCACCAAUGGACGUUUCGUGCCGAGAUUCGAGGAUCUCACUUCGGAGAAGCUCGGCCAUGCAGGCAUCAUAGAUGCUUGUCAUCGAGAAGUGUGCAAACCCACGAACAGUACGAUCUUCGUGAGGGGCAGCAACAAGAUGAUCGUCGACAAGGCUAAGCGCACCCUGCAUGAUCAUGAUGCGCUCUGCGCGGUGAGGAACAUGGUUAUCGACAAUCGGAUUGCCUAUGGUGGGGGCGCGGCCGAUAUAAGCUGUUCACUGGCAGUUGCAAAGGCUGCAGAUGAGAUCCGGUCUUUUCAGCAAUAUGCUAUGCGCGCAUUCACAUCGGCGCUUGACGCGGUCCCUCUCGCUCUUGCGGAAAAUAGCGGUCUCACCCAUCGAGACCCUUGCGGAAGUCAAGGGUCAACAGCGCUUGCCGAGCAGGGCUCAGAGCUCCGGCAGAUCGACCCGGCGGACGCUGUGACGUCAUUCGCUCGGGCCUUCGAGGGUGUCGACGUAGUCAUCAGUAUUGUUGGCACGAGUUCACCCGAAUACAACGACGCGCUUUUCGAGAGUGCACCGAAGAGCCGGGUGGACUCUUGA